UGCUUCUAUGCGGCGUUUCUAAAAGGGGGACAAGUACACGGCACUGCGCUUCACACAAAGUGUUUCAUAAAGAAAUUAACGUGAUAGUUGUGCACUGAAGGAGCUUUUAACAAAGUUGAAUUUCCAAUAUGGUAGGAGAGGUUGUUGUUGUUGAGCGGACUGUUGUCAUGUCCCCGCAGUGCCUGUAGUGGUGCUGUGAGGAGUCCGCUGUGGAUCCAACAAAAAUCCACAGCAGCCUACCUACUGCUUGUAAUUUGCUCUGGAUAGCCUAUAUUUAUAUGCGUCCUUAUUUCAAGAUCAACCGAGCUCGAUGAAGAUCGCCGUUACUAACCGAUCUCCAAUAUCGAUGCGCAAAUAGCCUAGCUGAUUCUAAUAUACAUUUCGGCCGUCUAUCUGGAGCGAAUACCAUACAGAGCCCAUACCAAUUCAAGCUGAUGUUGUCAAGGACAAGAGUCACGUGAUGUAUGAAGGCAAACACAUACACUUCUCAGAGAUAGACAAUAAGCCGUUGUGCUCGUACAGCCCAAAGCUCUGCAAACAGCGCAGACUCAAUGGCUAUGCUUUUUGUAUCCGGCACGUUCUGGAGGAUAAGACUGCUCCCUUCAAGCAAUGCGAGUAUGUGGCCAAGUACAACAGCCAGCGGUGUACCAACCCCAUCCCCAAGUCUGAGGACCGCCGAUACUGUAACAGCCACCUGCAGGUUCUCGGCUUUAUCCCCAAAAAGGAGCGGAAAAAGAAACACGAUGCUUUAGAGGAAAUGCGCUCACGGGCUGCUCACCUGGAGUCAGUGGCUCUCAAUAUUACCGUGCCCUCUCUAGCUCUGAAAGCCCCAAAUGGUCUAGAUGAACUACCACCAUCUCCCCCCUUAACACGCCUGUUACCCCUCCCUGAUGGGGAAGGCCUGGACCCUUUUGCCUUUUAUGAGGAUGACACAGAUGGUGAGGAGGUGGGCGCUCCUCGGAAGAGUAACGCCAUCAAGAAGAAAAUACAGAGUCGGCUGGUGCUCAACCAGAAACUCUGCCAUGACACAGACCUCUUCCAAACACCACCUGAGCACUUUAGUCCUUCCCCUCUCCCCCGCAUCUACCCUUCCUCACCACUCAACAGUCAUCCACGGCAACAGCCAGGUCUUCUCCAGAAGCUCCAGCACUCCAACACGACUUCCUUCAUCAUCCCAGGACAGCAGCAGGGUUUAUUAUGCAAUCCACCACCACCUCAGACGGUCAACUUUCUGCCUCCGGGGCUGCCCGUCAAUGCAGCACCCAGUCCAGUGCAACAUUCUGGGCCAUCGCUCAGCAGGAAAAUGCCUUUGACUGCUACUCACUUGCCUGCCGCUUGCAAGGACAGUGGCAGCAACAAUCAGCGGCAUGUGGUCGUCAUGCGUCCCACUGCCUUCUCACCUUCUGCCAGCUGCCUUGCCAGGUUGCAACAUCUGGUGCAGCUCUGUGCCAAGAGACAACGGGAGCAUGGAGACCUCUUUCCUCAUCUAGGAUUGGACUGGUCGGAGGACAGUGCAGAUGAUGAUGAUGAUGAUGAAGAAGAAGACAUGGCAGAGCGGUUUACUCCUUUUCAGAGCUCAUGGAGGCCGCAGAAUGGGCUGGAAGAGGAUGGCGGCUCCUCUCGGAGGACGCGACUGUUUAGGCUUUGCUCGUACCUCCAGGAGAAAUACAAGCACAUGUGCAGACAGGAGCGGGCGCGUAUCCGGCAGAAGAGAUACCGCUAUGCCUUCCGCAAAGCCUUGCUGCACGCUGCCAGUAAAAACCCCAGCUGUGCAGGCCAGCUGAUUCAGGAGUUGAGUGGUGCCUCUUGCAGCUCAUCGAGUGUGGCUCCACCAACGCAGCAGAGCACAGACACGGGGACCUGCACUGGCAGCACAAAGGGCCAGCCCUGCCACAACAGAGCUCUGCCCUUCACUCGACACUGCUUUCAGCACAUUCUGUUGAAUCGUUCCCAGCAGCUCUUUGCAAGUUGCACAGCCAAAUUUGCAGAUGGUCAGCAGUGCUCCAUCCCCGUGUUUGAUAUCACGCACCAGACACCCCUCUGCGAAGAGCAUGCCAAAAAGAUGGAUAACUUCCUGCGUGGGGACGGAAACCGACGGGUGCAGCACCAGCAGCAGCAACAGCGAAAGCCACGUAAAAAGACCAAACCACCGGCGCUCACCAAAAAGCAUAAGAAGAAGAGGAGGAGAGGCCCGCGGAGGCCUCAAAAACCUAUCCCUCCAGCGUUGCCGCAGGGGAACCUGGGAAUGCCUUUAACGAGCCUAGCAAUGCCCUCACAGGCCAGCAUCAGGAGCCCUUCGACUCCAGAUCUAAGUACAGAUGAGCUUCCUGAUGAUAUCACCAAUGACAUAGCAGACAUUCCAAACGACCUUGAGCUAAACCAGGAAGAUUUCUCCGACGUGUUACCCAGACUACCUGAUGACCUGCAGGACUUUGACUUGUUUGAAGGUAAAAACGGAGAGCUACUGCCCACCACAGAGGAGGCUGAAGAGUUGGUACGUGCACUGCAGGCUAUGGGGUCCUACACAGACUCAUUGGUGUGCCUAACCUCCAUUGGAGACCUGGCCCCUACAGAAGGAGUGGACCACAGAGCCAUGACCGUGUUUCCUGGUCCAGUCCAACCAGGGGGCAUGGGAGACCUGCUGAACAGUCGCAUCCCUACCGAGAACUUCACCAGCCUUGAGCUGGAGGACAAUCUACUGCAGUCUACUGGAGAUCACUUUCCCCCUUCGCCUCCAACUCAGCCCGCUAACCAGAGCCAAGCGCCGUGCUCCAAUCUGACCUCAUCCUCUUCUACAGUGGCCCCCUCCACCACGUCCCUGCUCACUCAGACCUCCUUAACAGAGCGGACGUUUUCUAGGACGCACACAUCCCACGUUCUCGCCAAGUCGGACGCACCCACAUCAUCACCCCAAGGCAGCCACUACAGCAGUGAGCAUGUGCCAUCCCCAUACAGUGACCACAUAUCUUCUCCCCACACCAGCUCUUUCCAGACAGACACCCCUCUUCUCCUGGAAGUCCCUCUGAGCGGGGUGCCGGGACCGCCACGGUCCACUUGGAACAACCUCGCUCUACCCAUCACGGACCCCACACAGUUUGGCAGUCUCAUCGGAUCAGAAAGUCAUCUCAUAUCCACCUCCCUGUCCACUCCACCCGCCACCACCCACUCUGUGACGCUGCAGCCCAUGGCUGCUCUCUCGGCGAUGCCCCAGAGCGGCUUGACUGGCCUAACGACUCCUCCCGCCCCCUCGUCCUCGCUCCCAUCUUCGUCACGCGAUCUUUUGACCUCCGCACAGCCCAAGCAACAGCUCCCUCAGUUCAGCGCGGCCUUUGGCCAUCAGUUGGCCUCCCACAGUGGCAUCCCAAAAGACGUGCAGCCCAGCCACAGCUCCACGGCGCCCCCUGCUGGCUUCUCUAUAGUUAGUGCCACCGCUGCAAGUGCCAACAGCGCCACGCCACCGUUCACGCAAAGUAAAUGAGAGCAGGCGGCACGCAGCUACUGCACGAUGGUCUGUGGACUCACAGUCACUUACAAUCCAGUUGACUGAGUCGUUAACCACCCCUGUUCAUCUGCUACAUGUGUGCAAUGUGGUAAUAGUGCACUAUUGAUAAUGAAUUUGCACAGCCUCAGAUUUUACUCUAUUUUUGUUCGUUCCUCCUGUAGCCAGACGGUGUCUGAGAUUUUAAGUCAGUGUGAGUCCACGUGUUCGAUGCCUUGUGGUUUCGUCAGCAGGGGGGUGGGGGGUUACAGUCAGAUGUUGUGAUGAAAUAAACGGGUGAAAAUUGGCAGAAGGACCUAAGCAGAGAUUAUCUGUGUCACAGUGCUCAGAAUUCCUAGAAGCCUCAGUCAGUGGUCAGUUUAGUUUGCUUUGCCAGUUCAAGUCCUGUCUUAAAACGAUCAGCUGUACCCUGCCUUGCUCAAACGGCCAUUGCAUUUUUUUCUUCUUUUUUGUUACCCACCUGUUUCAUACACUGCUUCUGUCACCCUCUGAAGAACAAGAGAUUUUUGUGAUCCAUUAUGUUUCAAGCUAUUUAAUUGUUAUCAUGAUAUAGAAUCUUACGGAGUCAAUUUCACAGUCAUAUGAAUUUACCAAAAUACUUUUAAACAGCUGUUUUUAUAUUGUGUAUAGUGUAUAUGUGCUCAUUUAUUGGUUUGCUCAGACGUCAAAAAUCUCUGACCUCACCAUUGGUUGUGGGACUCUUGAGUGGCCUAGUAGACACUUGAAGGUGAAUAAAUCUAGUAUCUUAAAGCAAUAAAUACAUUAACAUAACUCUGGCAUCGUGAGGUAUUUCGCUGGUUUCAUUACAUGUAGCUUCACUCGAUGAAUCCAGGCUGGAUCAGGAAGAUAUUUUGGCCUCUUUAACAGUUUCCCCGCAGAGCCUUUAGAGGCGAGCGAUCAGGUCAGGCCAACUUCUCUCUGAGUGGAUUUUUUUUAAGGCUGAUUAAAUUAGCUUCAGUGUUACAGCGAUGAUGGUAAUGGCACAAUCCAGGGACUUUUAAGUGUCUACUCUCAAAGGUGCUCUCUGGUCCACACGUACAAUGGUAUUUAGUGGCUUGCAUGUCUUCAUAUAACAAAAGUUCAGUUUCAGGGCUCGCACUAAUACGACAGGCUAGGCUACCCGCAGGAGGCUUACGCAGUGAAUUGGUGUUGGAAAUUUCUAUUUUUACCCAUCAGCUAGAUGUAACACAAUUGGUGUAUUUUGCACGUCUGAAGUAAAGCACUGUCUCUUUUACUCAGUUAUAAAGCAUUUUUUAAAGACAUAUAAUGAAAAGCUGGUGUCUGAAAAACAAAAAAACAACAACAAAAAAAAAGAGUGCUCUUCCAUGCAAGAGCCUCCACCCCCACCCCGACAGCAGUACAACCACGGCUUUUGAUAGAUAAUAUAUUAGACAUUUGAGAGAUUAUCAGACAUUGUUGAGUAUUAGGUAUAUAGAAUAGCAGUCUCUAUCUUGGGGUUUGUUGGUGAAUUAUUGAGUAGCAAUGGAUUGAAAUUGUUCUUUGCAAUGUGUUCAGUGGAACCUGUGUCUGUGUAGAAUGAGUCUCUUGCUUUUAAUGGCUAUCAAAAUGAUUAAGCCUUUGUUGGAGGGAUCAAUGUUUGUUUGUAUGCUGUCUUUUUUUUCCAAUUCUGAUGGAGAAUAUUUUUUAUUUUUGAUAGCUAUUAAACUUCCAGGAAGAAGUCUUGAGAUUGCAUGGGGCUGCAACCCUUUCUGUGUGAGAGCGUAAUAAUAAUAAUAUCACGAUUAGACGAUGAUCACUGGCUUCUUGGUGGUAAGAAACAUUGGAUUUAUAUGCAUCAGAUGGUGGAGAAGAACAGAUCAGCGUACUUUUUCCAACCUAGAUUUGCACAGGAGUGGAUGAGACCGGUGGUGUUUCAUAUGUCCCAUGUCUGUCUUGCCUUUUUCUUUUUUCUUUUUUUGCCCUGCUUGGACGCUCAUUACACAAACAGCCGCCACCAUUAGCCGCUCUGAGCCUGCGCCGGACCCUCGUUUCCAGCUGUGAGAAGGCCCAGUUCUGCCUCGCCCCUUCCAAAGAGAGAACACAGUCUCAAAGUGUAAACCUGUAGCUUCACCGGGGACGGCUGGGCUUCUCAGAGACCGCGGUGUCGUCAGUAACGCAACCAGCGCCCCCUAGAAGUCAAUAGGAAGAAUCAGGUUUGGGUGAAAGUGUGUUUGAAAAUAAGCGAGACAAUACUGCUGUAUCCUGCAUAGCAUGAGAUUAGUCGCUGCACCGGUUCACUCUCCCCGACAACCACGUAGAACAAAAUUUACAGGGCUCGUAGGCACAUGUAACUGCUUGAAUUCAGAGAUGGCUGACAAAUUCCUAUACUCAUUGAAUGUACUGUAUUACUGUUUUUAAAGAUAGGAUGAGCUAAUCUAGUCACCUUUUGUUAUUGGUCCUUGUUUAAUUGUCUAAGGUAUUUUUUGUAUACAAAGGUUUACAUUUUUAUGUAUAUUUUUCUUGUGUACAAAUUAUGUAAUAUGUGUACAAACACUGUAUGUAAUAUCUGUAUAUAGUGUGAGAAAUUUGAUCUUUUGUUUUUGGAUGUAUAAAUAAAACUUGCUGUGAGGUAUUUGA